CGUCAGGUGGAACCGUCGCGUAUAUAUACACUCCCGGUCGUCCGCAGAUGACCAGUCAUUCGCUUGAUUCGUUCCCAGCCUAAUACGUCCUCGGAGAACUAUGAAAUUCACGGUUGCAAUUGCCUUGAGCCUGGUAGCGGUCGCCUUUGCGGGCCACGCAGGAGGUGGAUUUGGUGGUGGUUUCGGUGGGGGUUUCGGUGGCGGCCACGGCGCAACAGUGGUCAAGGUGGCCGCACCGGUAGUGAAGCACGUCGCUGUCAGCCACGGUGGCGGCUACGGUCACGGACACCACUUGGGAUAUGCUGGACAUGUUUUUGAGCAGCUUCUCAGCUACAGUGGCCUGUAUGGCGUCCCAGUGGGACAUGCGGUCCACGUCGGACACGGCUAUGGUGGAGGACACAGCUAUGGUGGAGGACACAGCUAUGGUGGAGGACACGGUGGCUUCCUCGGCGGCUUCGGCGGCGGUGGUCAUGGAGUUAAAGUUGGUCAUGGUUAUGGUAUUCCCGUUGGAGUUCCCGUAAGCUUGGCCCACGGGUGGCACUGAGAGGCUGGUUCCUCGAAUAUGUUUCUUGCCGUUCCUGGUGAAGGCACUCUACCAGUCAUGGAUCUUUGUAAAUAUGCAUCAACACUUGUUAUGUUUGCAAAUAAAUGUUUCAGUCAA